AUCAACGAGGCACAGAAGCGGAUCCUGGACCUGGAGAAGAGUCUGCAGUUUCUACAGCAGCAGCACUCGGAGACGCUGGUCAAACUCCACGAGGAGAUAGAGCACCUGAAGCGGGAGAACAAGGAACUCCACUACAAGCUAAUCAUGAAUGAGAAGCCUCAGAAAAAAGGCAGCGUCUCUACAUCCAGCCUUCACUCCAACAAGUCCACCACCAACUCCACAGCAUCCACCAACUCUCAAGGCAAGACCAGGCCCCAGCCCACCUCCUUCAAGAAGCAAGAGCUGAAGUCUGACGCCCUCCAAAAGACAGACCUGGAAGAACAGUCACUCAGCAGUGCUGCCCUGUUCCACAGCAGCAAGCUGGACAGAGCCCUGGGGGCACAGGGACAGGCCAAAGACGAGGAUGCAGAGCCUUCUAAUUCAGGGGCCACAUUGGUGGGGGGCAGCCAUGGCCGGCAAGGGACAGGGAUGGUCCCCUUACUGAGCCUGCCCCCGCACCUGCGCAAGCCCACCACAGUGCAGCAGUGUGAGGUGGUCAUCCGUCAGCUGUGGAACGCCAACCUCCUGCAGGCCCAGGAGCUACAGCACCUCAAGUCACUCCUGGAAGGGACCCAAAGGCCCAAAGCUGCAGCCGAGGAGGCUGGGCUGGGCUCUCCAAAGGACCAGGAGUCCACGCAGUUCCCCAAGGUCACUGCCAAGGGCCUCUCUAAGAAGUGCCUAAUUCUGAGCCCAAUGCCUGCAGCAGAGCGGGCCAUCUUGCCUGCACUCAAACAAAGCCUGAAAAACAACUUUGCUGAGCGGCAGAAGAGGCUGCAAGUGGUGCAGAGUCGGCGCUUGCACCGCUCCGUGCUGCUGAGCCGGCGCCCCGGAGUCCGGCCGUCCUCUCUCAAUGGUGGUUCACAACAACCCUAUUUUUCAGCCACACGAAAUUCCAAGGCAGACAGAACCCAUGAUAGAUAAAGUACUUGCAUUCAGAACUGAGGAAACUGUCUAUUUUCUCUAUUAUUUUACUACUGCAUUUAUGCAAAAGCACAUUAUAAAAUGUUAUUCACCUGUUGAAUGAAAAUAAAAAUUGUUU